AUGGGCAUUUUGCGCAGCCGGAGCCGAAGUCCCGGAGCCCGAGCGCGGGCGCCCAGUGCGCAGCCGAAGCCCCGGAGCCCGAGCGCGGGCACCCACCGACCUGCCUGCCGGCCGCCCCCGCCAGGCACCAUGCUGACCCUGCUGCUGCUGGGCCUGCUGGUUUCAGCCUGCUGGGCUCUGGGCCCAGCCACGGGCUCAUCGGAGCUGCGCUCCGCCUUCUCAGCGGCGCGCACCACUCCGUGGGAGGGCACGUCGGAGAUGGCAGUGACCUUCGACAAGGUGUACGUGAACAUCGGUGGCGACUUCGACGCGGCCACUGGCCAGUUCCGCUGCCGUGUCCCGGGCGCCUACUUCUUCUCCUUCACAGCGGGUAAGGCUCCGCAUAAGAGCCUGUCAGUGAUGCUGGUGCGCAACCGCGACGAGGUGCAAGCGCUGGCCUUCGACGAGCAGCGGCGCCCCAGCGCACGGCGUGCGGCCAGCCAGAGCGCCAUGCUGCAGCUCGACUACGGCGACACGGUGUGGCUGCGGCUGCACGGCGCGCCUCAGUACGCGCUGGGCAGCCCGGGCGCCACCUUCAGCGGCUACCUGGUGUACGCCGACGCCGACGCGCCUGUCCAGGGCCCGCCCGCGCCCCCGGAGCCGCGCUCGGCCUUCUCGGCGGCGCGCACGCGCAGUCUGGUGGGCUCGGACGCGGGUCCCGGGCCGCACCACCGGCCGCUGGCCUUCGACACCGAGUUCGUCAACAUCGGCGGCGACUUCGACGCGGCUGCCGGCGUGUUCCGCUGCCGCCUGCCCGGCGCCUACUUCUUCUCCUUCACGCUGGGCAAGAUGCCCCGCAAGACGCUGUCGGUGAAGCUGAUGAAGAACCGCGACGAGGUGCAGGCCAUGAUAUACGAUGACGGCGCAUCGAGGCGCCGCGAGAUGCAGAGCCAGAGCGUGAUGCUGGCCCUGCAGCGUGGCGACGCUGUCUGGCUGCUCAGCCACGACCACGACGGCUACGGUGCCUACAGCAACCACGGCAAGUACAUCACCUUCUCCGGCUUCCUGGUCUACCCUGACCCUGACCCCGAACCUGCUGCUGCCCCUGCUGCGCCUGCCUUUCCCAUCCCUGCCCGCCCGCCGGGCAUUGGGCUUCCAGAACUCUGA